UCCUCCCGAUACGUCACUCCGGGAUAGGCUGCGAGCUAUUGAGCAACGCUGUCAGUCAACGGGGUUUCGGGCUGGUUACCUCCGCGUCUACGGAAUCGGACCCCCCAGACAGGAGAAAGUAGCCUUGCCCAUCGCGGGUUUCAGGCUCUGGGAUUAAAGUGAUCGCCAGUCCCGCAGCUUUCGUCGAAACUGCCGGCGGGGAUUUAUGCUGUGUUGGCUUAGCUAAAUGCGGUACGAAGCUAAAAUGAUGCCGAUGUUCCUGACAGUAUACCUCAGUAACAAUGACCAGCAUUUUACUGAGGUCCCCGUUACCCCGGAGACCCUGUGCCGGGACGUGGUGGAGUUGUGCAAGGAGCCUGGGGAGACGGACUGUCACCUAUCUGAGAUGUGGCGUGGAUCUGAGCGAGCUGUAGGUGACGGGGAGAGGAUGCUGGAUGUGCUCCAACGAUGGGGACAGCACAAGGCAGAGGUGCGCUUCUUUCUGCGUCACAACCGAGCCCCUAGCAGGGAUUCAGGCGGGUCAAGAGGCUCAGAACCAAAGAGGAAUGGAGUAAAGGGUCCCCCGGAUAGAAGAAUGGAGAACGGGGUUGUGACCCCCCGCAUGGACAUGACGCUGGCCGAACUACAAGAGAUGGCUGCCAGACAGCAGCAGCAGAUAGAAGCUCAACAACAGCUCCUCGCUUCCAAGGAGCAGCGGCUACGCUACUUGAAGCAGCAGGAGCAGCGUCAGCAACAGCAGGCCUCUGAGCAAGAGAAACUGCAGCGUCUUCGAGAGAACAUCGAGAACCAGGAAACUCGGCUCAAGAAGGUCAGGGCCAUCAAGGGUCAGGUGGAGCAGAAGCGCCUCAGCAAUGGCAAACUGGUGGAGGAAAUAGAGCAAAUGAACAACCUGUUCCAGCAGAAGCAGAGAGAACUAGUGAUGGCUGCGUCAAAAGUAGAGGAGCUCAGCCGACAGCUUGAGCUGCUCAAAAAUGGCAAAAUGGACAAUUUCCAUGAUAACCAGAGCUCUGUGGCCGAACUAGAUCGCCUCUACAAGGAGCUGCAGCUGAGGAACAAGCUUAACCAGGACCAGAACUCUAAGUUACAUCAGCAGAGAGAGAGCCUGAACAAGCGCAACCUGGAGGUGGCUUCCAUGGACAAACGGAUCAGUGAGCUCCGAGAUCGGCUGUGGAAGAAAAAAGCAGCACUGCAGCAAAAAGAGAACUUACCUCCUCAGAUGCCCUGGCAUGCAGAGCCUACCCAUGCCAAUAAUGGCUAUCCUGGUAAAGAGAGGGCUUCAAAAGACACUCAUCUUCAGGUGCCCUCUGAUGGCCAAGCUGGACAGCAGUCAGGUCCAUCUCGCGUGGCGGCGGUUGGCCCUUAUAUCCAGUCGUCCACAAUGCCCCGGGGCCCAGUGAGGCAUGAGCUGCUUGUAAAACCUGCCUACCCAGACGGCACUGCCACCUUACCAUCCCACGACCCACAAAGCAAGGCCAACCCAGGCCUUCAGCCUUCCAAAAUGGCAGACUGGGGCUCUUCAGGUCCAGAAUCCAACGGUCAUGGUACAGCAUCAACACUGCCCCGAAUGACCUCUCACUCCAACGCUAACGCAGAGCAAGAUGAGACUGAACAGAAGAGGGACAGGAAGGUGCGUCCAUUUUCCAUGUUUGAGCCAAUGGAGGCUCCUGUCUCCUCCCUGCGCAAAAACCAGAGCAGUGAUGACCUGGUCAGGGACGCUCAGUCUGCUCCCAAGGCUUCGGUCAAGGUGCCUCCUCCUGUCCCAACCAAACCGAAAGGACCUGGUGUCAUGCCAUAUGGCAAACAGGGCCUCAACACAGGCACCUUCCCUAAAGCCAAGCCCCACAGCCAGCAGCCCCAGGUCGCCCAGGGCCGCAACCCUCUCCCACCCUCACAGAGCCAGACACUCCCCCUACCCCCCAAACAGGACACUCCACCUGCAGCCACGGUACGGCCCUUCACACCAGAGCUGCCCGCCUCCAAAGACGCCAGCAUGAGUAAGCCCCAGACCUUAGCGGCCAGCUCCAUCUACUCAAUGUACACAAAGCAGCCUGGCUCAGGGAAACCUUUCCAGCCUGGAGUGCAGGGGGCUCUCAACAGGACUCAGAACCGCACCAAUGGAUUUGUCAGUGUGUACGGUAAACCAGUGAUCCCCGGUGGAGGCUCCCCACAUCCAGAAAACCCUUACCAAGACCGCCGCUCCCCUGCCUUUGAAACUGAAAUCGACCACAAUGGAGCCAACUAUGUGGGUCCAAGCCCAUCUGAGGGCCCACAACCAGAAACUGAGCGUAUUCCCCGGCCCCUCAGCCCCACCAAGCUGCUUCCCUUCAUUUCAAACCCUUACAGGCAUCAAAGUGAUGGUGACCUGGAAGCUCUGAGAAAGAAGCUGUACAAUGCACCGAGACCCCUGAAAAAACGAAGCUCAAUCACUGAACCAGAGGGUCCUGCAGGUCCUAACAUCCAGAAACUCCUCUACCAGAAGACCACACUGGCAGCUAUGGAGACCAUUGCAACUACACCAACCACUCCAACCUUUGCUGGUGAUGCAGAGAAGGCGGCUGAGGGCUCUGUUCCCAGUCCUUUGAGUGGUGCAGAGACCCACCCAUCAGAGAUGGGGCAGACUCUGGAGGGAGGUCAUCUCCCGUCUUACAUUCCAGGUGCUAAUGUCCACAUUCCAGCCCCUCCUGAACAGACCAAGCCACCUUCAGCCAUCCCAAAGAGCGAGGACAUAAUCCCCCCUCCUCCACCAUCCCACCCAGCCCCGAGGCCAGAUGACGCUCUUUUCCCGCCACCGCCCCCUGCUGGCUUGGAGGAUGCAAUGACUAACCUGCCGCCUCCACCUCCAGAUGGAUUCCUGGAAGAGUUUCCCCCCUACCCACCGCCGCCAUAUCCCAGUGGAGCAGAGCAGGACAGCUUAGGAGAGGACACCUUUAACAUGAAGGCACCAGAGGUCACCGGCCAGGUCACUCUGCCACCGGGCAAGAGGACCAACUUGCGCAAGCUUGGCUCUGAACGCAUCGAUCACAGUAUGAGAGUGAAGUUUAACCCUCUGGCUCUGCUGCUGGACUCGUCUCUGGAGGGAGAGUUUGACCUGGUCCAGAGAAUCAUUUAUGAGGUGGCCGACCCCAGUCAGCCCAACGAUGAGGGAAUCACUGCUUUACACAAUGCUGUCUGUGCCGGACAUACAGAGAUAGUCAAGUUUCUGGUUCAGUUUGGUGUCAAUGUCAAUGCGGCUGACAGUGACGGCUGGACCCCUCUCCACUGUGCUGCAUCCUGCAACAACGUGCAAGUGUGCAAGUUCCUCGUGGAGUCCGGUGCAGCGGUGUUUGCUAUGACUUAUAGUGACAUGCAAACGGCCGCUGAUAAAUGUGAAGAGAUGGAGGAGGGCUAUACUCAGUGUUCGCAGUUCCUCUAUGGUGUGCAAGAGAAGAUGGGCAUCAUGAACCGGGGUGUGGUUUACGGUCUGUGGGACUACAGCAGUGAAAACCCUGACGAGCUUCCGUUCCGUGAGGGUGACUGCAUGGCCAUCCUGCGCAGAGAAGAUGAGGACGAGAUCGAAUGGUGGUGGGCACGCAUGGGUGACACAGAGGGUUACAUCCCCCGUAACCUCCUUGGGCUCUACCCGAGAAUAAAGCCGAGACAGAGAACCCUGGCUUAAUAUACAAAGACCCCUGCACAUUCCAGUCUGCCACACACACACGCACGGACACACACACACACACACACAUGCACAUGCUUUAACAGACUGGAGAAGAGAAGGACACAGCUGAAAUGAAGAAACAAGGACAGACCAAACAAAAUGAAGGAUCUCCGGCACUUUUUAUUCCUUACCUAAUACAGAGGGAUUGUCUCUCCCUUAUUUUCCAGGCUUCACUGUGUACUGUGUACUUCAGACACUAUUGGCAUUGUUUUUCUUUUAUCAAACUGUUGUUGUUGUUUUGUAAUUAUUGUCUGACACGAUCUCUUAAUCAAACAGAAACUCACAUGUUGGGAAGUAACUGGAACGAGCAGUAUUUUAAUUGCUGCAAAGUGAUUUUUUUCCACUUUGAAAUACUCUUUUAAAACAUGUUUUAUGCGGCACCGGUUACUUUCCAACAUACUUCAUCUCAUCAAGUGGACUAUGAUGAAAUACUCUUGUUACCAUGACAAUCUUUGGGGGCUUGUUUUCUCCUUGUUUCUCUGUAUAGCUGCGCUUGAGAUGUUAAGUUUCUGUUGUGAAGUCUCUGUUCUGGAUAAAGAAAUGAAAUGAUGUGUAGAGAAAAAAAAAGCUUUCGAUUGAUCUUUUGCUGUUAUUCUGUGGUCUAUGAAACCCAGAAAGCCAGUCUGCUUUCCUGCAUUGGCACGUGGUUGAGAUGCCAUAGAUACCGAGUGUUCACAUAUUUCUGUCACAGAGAAUAGUAAAACGUUACUGUAGGUAAGAUUUUAAUUAGGAAAAUGUACUUUCGAACCCUUAAGAAGCUCUUUUACCAAGACAGACAGUUGAUGCAGUAUGAAGUUCAUAUUUUUUUACAGCCAUUCCAUGAAAAUACAGUCAUGAAAGAAGACAAGCCUAAUUCAAGAAAUCUUCACGUUUUGUAGUUAUCAGAAAUAAAAAUGACUGACUACACUGUAAGGUCAUACGACACUUUUUAUGUCAAAACAAAAAAUGCCUUGAUAUGUUAUGAGUUCCCAAAGCUCAACUCAUCAUGCAGAUGUAUUUAUUUUUGUUACCUUUUUUUCUUUUGCCAGGACUAUAACCACAAAUGUACUGUAGUAUUUCAAAUAUUUACAAUAAAAUACUUUGUACUAAGUUUA